AUGUUUCUCGUGAAUGAUUUGAAAAGUUCAGCACUACUAUAUGCAAUCUUUGAUUUUACUUGCAGCUCUCAUGAGAAUGCUCUCUUUAUUCAUAAAAGUGAACGUGGGGUUGUUCUUCUACUUUUGUAUGUUGAUGACAUGAUCAUUAGCGGAGACGAUGUUGAUGGUAUCUCUGAUCUUAAAGCAUCCUUUCACCACACUUUUGCGAUGAAAGAUCUUGAUUUUCUCAAUUAUUUUUUUGGUCUUAAUGUCAUUUUCUCAGAUGACGACAUCUAUCUCUCUCAAGUUAAGUAUGCUUCUGAUCUUUUUGUUCGAGCCAAAAUUACAGAUAGUCACACUGAAUCUACUCCUCUUGAACCUAAUGUUCGGUUUACUCUUAUCGAUGGCACUAUUUUAGAUAAUCCUACUCUUUAUCGACAGUUAGUUGGAGGUCUUGUCUACUUGACUGUCACACGACUAGACGUUGCCUAUCCAAUUCAUGUUCUUAGCCAGUCCUUGUCAGCUCCUUGUACUACUCACUAUGCUGCAGUCCUUCACAUUCUUUGCUACAUCAAAGCCAGCAGCGGUUAUUAUGAAUUAACCAUCCUCUUAAGGUUAAUAUAA